GAGAAAUAAUGUCAAGAGCAACGCGCGUCCAGUGACCGGAUCCAUCGGAGAAGCCGGAGCAACCGAUCCAGGAUCGAUAAUCGUUACGAAGCAAGGCACCGCGAAGGACCCGUGUACACAGAGCCUAGCCGGCGAGAACCGAACAGGGAUACGAACGUGGCACGCAUGUCGAUCGGUAAAAGCAGCCCGUGAAAGUGUCGCCUGGCGCGCGACGGAGUAAUCGUGAGCGCUCAGAGACACGGAGUGCCGCGAUCGUGCAUGAUCUAUCGGUGGAACAGGUGCGAGCCACGUUUCCGGAGGCAGUAGCGGCCCGCUGGGCGACCACGUCGGCCAACGCGAAGACACACCGGGGUGAAGAAAGGCGAAGAAAAUGAGCCGGCUAACCGGGACGAAUGGGUCUCGGCGCGAUCGAGGAAACGGUGGUCGGUGAAUAGGGAGCGUGAAACAGGCUCGUUGGAUUUUUCGCGUAUACGUGACACGAGACCGGUCGGCGACUUUUGCACCCCUCGACCUAGCCCAAGCUCCGUCCAAACCGACGAAACGACACGCGCUGGUGCUGUGACAGUGAUCUCUCCGUCUUGUUUUUGCUUUCGUUCGUCCCACGUCCUCGUGGUGUUUUGUUGGUUUCUCCUUUGCCGCGUCCCUCGUGCGUGACCGGUACAGCUGAUCGGCCGAGUGUCCGGAGUACGAAAUCGUCGCGUGCAACGAUCGGGUAUUUGUCAACGUUGAGAAGCGGGCCCGACAGCUUGGUGGAGGAGCAGGAAGAGGUGGACAGGUCGAGGUGCCGGGGAAAAAGGAACACUCCCGCUGAAUAGACGUUGCUUCUCUUAUCGGAUAACGUCCAAGGGACCCGGUUUCAGAGGCAGCGAUUCGAAUGACGAUUCCGAUGUGUCAAGGUACGAGGGGCAGGUGACGAGCAGGUUUCAGACGAGAAUCUCCAAAGAUACCUCGAACGAAUCCGGCAGGAAAGCUCGUCGACUGAAGCGAACAUGCUCGUGAUAAGCCAGCGUCGAAGGCAUCCCUGCUGGAGGAUGCUGCUCGUCAUCGUCAUUUUGUCCGGCCUCAUUAGGUAUUGCGAACCAAUGUCCACGAAGAGGCUAACAGACUCGUCACCCUCGUCGUCGCCCACGUUAUCGAGAAGUUCCGCUGAAUCGAGGUCGCAGAACCUUGGCUCGCCUAGCGACUUAGCCUGGCAGGCUUGGCUUCUCCUGGACUCUCAAACGGGAGCCCACUCCAGCUUGGACUCCGCCAGUUUCCUCAAACGGAUCACACCCAAGAGCGUGUUCAUUGCACCAGCGUUACCAGCACUGCCGCCUUGCGCGGACGGUUAUCGAGCAGACACGAUGGGUAGAUGCGUGAAAAGCGUGAAUAUCAAUCACGAAGCUCACCUCGGUUUCCUUUUGCAGCGACUGAACGACCGGUACGGAAACCGAGGCAGCAGUUCCGAGGCAUCGUCCUCUGGUAGCAGUCAGAAGAAGUCCAGUGGCCCAUUACAGUUGAACAUCCCUCUGUUUUCCGACAUGGACACCAAGUCGUCCGAAGUGGACCACGAAGAGACCAGAGACUCGAUGAACGUACCAGUCGUGGUUCCACCACGAGAGGAAAUAGACGUGGAGGAAGAAGAGCAACCGUUGGAGUCUAUUGUCACGUUCUAUCAGACGAAGAACAGCAGUGAGGAGGAAGAGAACGACGCGAAUGUAUUUAAUGGGAACGAUACGACUAUCGUCUCCGAUGAUACCUCUGACGAGGAUGACCAGAGUACCACGUCCACGCUCGACACGGUGGUUCCCGUGGCCGAAUUCGUCGACGACACGAACGACACGAAUUUCUCUGGCGUGAUCGACUAUAAGAUCCCCAUCGAUAUGCCCGUGUCGUUCAACGUGUCUAACGAGAGAACUAUGAACGUGAGCGAAGAGGAGGAGGACUUGUGGAGUAACGAGUCUCAGCUGUCGAACUCGACCGAAGUGUCACCUAUGCUGAUCCUCCUCUCGUCGACGACGAUAUCGCCCACUUCGGUAACACCUGAGCUAGAAGAGCUAGAGAUGGCCAACAGUACUUCGAGGAGCGUCCAGUUAUAGUAUUGUUCUCCGUUUGAUAGAUCUGUUCUCUUCCUUUAACCCGAUUUCCUCACGAGGAGGAAGCAUACCAGGACUGGUAUCUUGAUCGAGUCUCUGAUCGCCUCGGGAUGAUCUGGGACAACUUGGUGCCAAUGUUGGAAAGCAGAGGAGUGUUCAAUUGUAGCGGUUCAUCAGGCACAUCUCCCUCUUACUCGCUAUCGUUCUUCGUUUCGUAGAUCAUAACCGUAGUCCGCUAUAGUCUCCAAAGACUGUCCCUCUUAAAGGCGAUCGCUAAACGCAAGAAAAGAAAAGAAAGAAUUGUCCGACGCUGCUCGGCAAAGUCCGACAUUACGCAACGUGGCGAUGCACCGGGUAUCGGCAACGCGCUCCGCACGAUUCUGUGUGCUCGUUAACCCGACAGUAAAUGCGUGUUAUAUACGAUCAAUCGGCCCGCCUAUCGGUUCUACGCGACGAACGCGUCGUUGGUCGGCAUGCAAAUGGCCAGGAUUCAUCGGCAGUCGGCAAGAGUUCACGACUCUUAAUUUAUUUGGCACAGUUCCACAGUCUCUGGACGUUCCCACUGCGACAGCAAACUAGGGCCGUGAAAAGCCUCGGCGACACUCGAUUAUCCACCGAUACGUGUCCCUGCUUUCUACGCGAUUAGCUUAAUCGGAUCGCCUAGGCGACGAAGGUGAACGGUCACACGAAAUCGCUUUUUCAGCAGAGCGACAUCUGUGAGAAUCUGAUGCCCCAACACGACUAUCGAUGACCGUUCACCGUGGGAGCCCUGGUCCAUCGAGUAAAUGAAGGUUAGGACGUCUCGUCAGAGACAUGCUCAUUCAGUGAGAGAUCCAAGUCUAUCUGGCUAGCCGCCAUCGUCUCCACCUGUUGACUCAUCGUCUGUCGCGGGGUUGUCGUCGAGAAACCCGUCUACAGAGAGAUACUCCACGGUGAAAGGGCUUCUGAUGGACGGAUACCGUGUUCUUCGUACUGGAACGUAGCCCUUCAUCCAGGGAAUAGCGGAUUCUCUCUCUGUAGUCUCGGCUGUGUAUACUGUUCACUUCCGCAUGCUACUCUCGAGUGCCGAAGCUUCGAAUCUUGGUCGAAUUUCCGCCACGCGUAUCGUUGCCCUUAAUUUCCUGUACCGCGGACUCGAUACAAUGAUAUUUCGAGGUAUUCGAUCAAGAAACGACAUUCGUAUAGGCCUAAGUUACAGAUUAAGAGAUUCUCCUUUCGUAAGAUCGAUGGUAUAACAAUGGCACGUGUAUCCUUAAGCUUACUCGUGAUUAAGGUUAGGAUAACGUGUCAUGUCACUUUAACGUGGGGUUAGAAAGCAAGGGUGAUAUGGAAGGUUUUUAUUACGUAUAUCGAAAAAGUAAGUUACGAUCAGCUUGUAUUUGUACAUUUAUAAAAGAGGCUUAAGGUCGAUGAAAGCUUCCUUACUCUCGAUGUGGCGUUACGGUUUUUAGACGUAUGUCUUAACCUCAAUUUGGUAAGGAACUCGCGAAGUAACGCGCGGACGUCGAAUAUCCCGCGAUUUUAGUGUUAAAAUCCGGCCUAGGCGGCGCUUCCGUCGACCUAGUGUGUGCAUCGUCGUCGUUCGAGAACUGGGAUCGAAAUCGAGAAUCUCGUCCGUAUUCACGCGAACUCGAAAUAUUAGCUAACUUUGCGUCCGAAUUUCCCUCGAAGCAACCCUAUUUUUAGCAUUUUUAUAGUAGAUGCAUCACGAUCGAAGAUUCCACGGCACCAAAACCGAAAAUACAUUCCCAAGAUAGCACGCCAUAACCACAAAGAACGCGGCGAUACACGAAACCUCGAUGUUAUGAAAACAGAGACGAGCGGUAAGGCGAAUGGCAAGGUCGCGUUUAAUCGUUAUUUUAUCGUGCAUGAAACGUAAGUGGAAAGAAUCGUGUACACUUCGUGGGUCAUGGAUCACUGCCUAACUCGAUCAUCGAAGAACCAUCUUCCUUGAUACCGUUUGACGACUGCGAUGAUAAGAUAUGUAAUAGCGAUUAAUCGACCGAUCGAUCUUGCGUUUCUACGGUAAGAAAAAGAUAAAGUAUACAGGAUAAUAAUGUUGCGUGAAAUGCUUGGUUUUAGAGAAACUGCGUCCCAAAUCGAGUAAAAGCUGUGUCUGUAUAGUAUAUUGAAUUACGAAUUACGAUAACGUCCUCGAUCGUAUCUUGAACCCCGAGAAGAUCACCUUCGAAAGUAUCUGUGUACGAUGUACGUAUACACGGAAUCUGGGUUCACGAACUCACGGAGAACAUGCUUGUGACCCCGGUAUAUCGAAUCAGACUGAUUUUAGCGGUAUUUGCUUUAUUUAUAGAACAUUUAUAGAACAGAGAAAUCACGUGUCCCUCUGUCACGAAGAAAAAUCUCGAGAGAGGUGCGCGCUGCUCUCCUCGGCAGCGACCAAGUAUUGUCCAUACAGCUUCAUCAUGUGCGUCAUGUCUGCCCCUGUACGGAGAAACGUAAACAGUUGUGGUCGUACUUUCUUUCCUGAAUUUUAAGCUGCUUCUGUUCAUAUGUGAAUUUAAAAGAGAAAAAAGAACGAGAGAAUU